GCAACUCAUCUCUCCGGACUUGUAGUCUGCUUUCGCGCGGUGCCGGCGCCGUUAGCUUAAAGCGAGUUGCUAUCGCGCCGUGACACGUGCCGGCUGUGCGAUCCAGCCGCACUCUUUUCUACCAGUAGCACUGCCAGCUCCCAUCGGCCUGCUUUCCACAGCGUGCACCACCGCCCUUCCACACCGCAGCACUCUGCUGCCUUAUCGUCGUUGCUCACCAGUAAACGUCCACUUAAUCUUAGAAAAAAUUUGAAAAAAAAUAAAUGCAAAAUGAGUAAUACAGUAAGGGCAAUGAAUAAUCGUGCUCUGCAGAGUCACAACUUUAUUUUGAAAGAUUUUUUCUUUUGUUUAGCAUACAUUUCUCUUGCACAAUCACUUGAAGACAGCCUGUGCUUGUUAUCAUUCAUAUAACCCAAGUUAUUUAUUCACAUAUUUCUCUUUUCCUGUUUGAACAUCUAGUCAAUACGUUCCAGAAACCUCAAUGUCCUUCCUCUGCAAGUUCACAUUUUUGUAAAACAGUCCCUCUUUACUGGUGCGACAAACUUCAGCACACUUAUCUAGAACCUGUUGAUCCAUUCACCUCAAACUAGUUUUUCUUUUCCCAGGCACCCAAGCUUGUCUUCAGGCAGAAUCAGAGCAAAAGGAAAAAACAGCAAGAAGGCAGUGCUUUUGACUCCAAAAAGCUUACUGAAAUACUAUGGGUAAGAACUUUGAAGGAAGGCAGUUUACUGGCGUGAUUAAAUUCACACCACCGUUAUACAAACAACGCUAUGAGUUUGUUAAAGAUUUAGUGAGGAAAUACAAACCAAAAAAGGUGGCAGAUUUAGGAUGUGCUGACUGUACACUUCUCUGGAUGCUGAAAUUCUGUAACUGUGUUGAAGUGUUAGCUGGGCUAGAUAUCUGUGCAGCUGUGAUGAAAGAGAAAAUGCAUAGGUUAACUCCUCUUCCUGCUGAUUAUUUGGAGCCAUCUGAGAGAUCCUUAACUGUGACUUUGCAUCAAGGCUCAGUUGCUCAUAAAGAUCCCUGCAUGCUUGGUUUUGACUUGGUAACAUGCAUUGAACUAAUAGAGCACCUGCAAGAAUCAGAACUAGAGAAGUUUCCUGAAGUGGUGUUCGGUUUCAUGGCUCCAAGCAUGGUUGUGAUCAGUACUCCAAAUUCAGAAUUUAAUACAUUGCUUCCAGGAGUGACUGUUUUCAGGCAUCCAGACCACAAAUUUGAAUGGGACCGAGCACAGUUUCAAAGUUGGGCUCAAGAUACUGCUCAACGCUAUGAUUACUCAGUGGAAUUCACAGGUGUAGGGAACCCCCCAACAGGAAUGGAAGAUGUCGGUUUCUGUACCCAAAUAGGUGUGUUUGUUAGAAAAUACCCUCAAACUAGAGAACUUGUGCAGUGUGAGAAACCCACUGAAGCCGCUUACAAAACCGUCUUCAAAGCAGUGUAUCCGAGUCUUAAAGAUGAGAAGUACCUGCAGAAUGCGGUGGUCAGUGAAGUUAUGUUCAGAGCACAAAUCAUUAAGCGAAGUCUGCUGGACCAUUUACUGUCAGAAUAUGAGGAAUGUGAUGAUCCUACAGAGAGAAAAUUGAAACUGCAAUGUUCAGUGAACUGUUUCUCAGAAGAUUUUGAAACACUGGCUGUUGAAAAAAGCAUGGAGCCAUUCGUCAGUGGAAAUGUGGUUUAUAUACCUCUGAGAAAAAUUUUUUCUUUUCCCAAAGUAAAUCAGCUCUGUGGCACUUUUGAGAAGUUUUGCAGGCUUAUUACUGGCAAGGUCACACUGAACAGUGAUUGUUCUGCUGUGAUGCUCCAUACUGAAAAUGAAAACGAAGAGAAUUAGACUGGUUUUCUUACUUCAAGUUCAAUGUAAGUAAUGAAAGCAGUGAUAGUAGUAGCUGUAGAUUGGUGUGUUCUGGAUGCUAAGUGGAACCAUAAAAUCAUUCCUAAACUGCUCAGGAUGCAUCUGCCAGCUUUAUUUUUUUCCAUGAAUGCCAACCUGGCCUCAGUUUUGAAAACCUGUAUUUUUGUGCCACCAGAGGUUGUUCAAGUCUGCAGUUUGUAUCUCCUUCACAGUAUCUUUGGUGGCUUGGAAUGAGCAAGUAUUAAUGUAACUAACUUAAUGUCUAUGAAAGAUGUUUCACACUUUUCUAAAAAUUAAAAAAA